CCAAUCAAACUUGGAGAUCAUCUGAACAGCAUUCUCCUUGGUAUGUGUGAAGAUGUUGUUUAUGCUCGAGUGUCUGUGCGGACCGUUCUCGAUGCCUGCAGUGCUCACAUACGGAACAGCAACUGUGCGCCUUCUUUCUCAUAUGUAAAACAGUUAGUCAAACUGGUUCUGGGGAGUUUGCCUGGGAUAGACCAGCUUUCUUGCGUAGGGGAGAAAAAGCUUCACACAGACAGGAGCCAGGCCAUUCGAGAGAGGCUGAGAGGAAAACGACUUCCCACAGGAAGAAUGACUGAUGUAGCACCUGAUUACCCAGCCCCAUUUUCUCGGCAAAUCCUGCUUAACAAAGGACUUAGUAAGUCAUUUGAGUUCUUGUCAACCAGCAACUCACGUGGUGAAAAGGAAUUUUCUCAAAAUAUUGCCUCUGAUUACAAUUCUGGCCGUGAAGACAGUACAGAUAGUUGCUGUCCUUACCGAUUCAGAGUGUCCAACCUGGAGAAGAAAGCCAACGGUGAUCCCAAACGCAAAGUAUGGGCUUCUUCCUCUGAUUUGUUGUGUGCAACUCACCAAGUCACAGAGAGGGACUAUGUUGCAGAUUCUCACAAGCACCAUCAUCAAGGCGGAACCAUUUCAGGGCGGACUUCAGGAGCUCCCAUAAACAAAGAAGGCAGAUAUUCUGAUGGGAGCAUAGCCCUUGAUAUAUUUGGCCCUCAAAAGCUUGACCAAGUGCUUCAUGUAUCAGAGACGUCAACAUCGGCGGCCUUAUUAUGUGCCUUUGACAGGAUCAAAGAGAAGCAGAAGAAAUUACAGUUGCUGAGAGAAGCCAUGAACGUAGAAGAGCACGUACGGAAAUAUAAAUCUUACCAUAGUGAUGUAUGCAGCACUGACAGUGAGGGUCCAUCAUUCAUUUCUUCCGAGACAGAUUUUAGACAAGUGCCAGCGAGGAGGUAUGAAGCUCUCAAAGAUGAAUCCACUAGCUCUUCCUUAAGAAUAGAUGAUACCUCUUCAUCAAGUCAAAAACCAGGACAAAGAUCAAGGCAGUAUGAAGCAACUCCUGAAGACAGCCUGUUGAGCCAGGAAGUAAUGUUGAAGCGCCAGGAGGAGGAGAUGAUGCAACUGCAAGCUAAAAUGGCUCUCCGGCAGUCUCGGCUCAGCCUCUAUCCUGGAGACAUAGUGAGGCCGACUGUGCUUGAUAUGACAAAGGAUCCACUUAGGGAAAUUGCUUUGGAAACAGCCAUGACACAAAGGAAGCUAAGGAAUUUCUUUGGUCCUGAGUUCGUAAAAACUACCAUUGAACCCUUUACUUCCUUGGACCUGCCAAAAUCAAUUUUGAACAAGAAAGGGAAGAAUGAAGACAAUCGCCGGAAAGUCAACAUCAUGCUUUUAAGUGGCCAAAGACUAGAACUGACUUGUGAUACUAAGACCCUAUGCAAAGAUGUAUUUGAUAUGGUGGUCGCCCAUAUUGGUUUAAUGGAGCAUCACUUGUUUGGAUUGGCUUCUUUAAAAGAAAACGAGUAUUUCUUCAUCGAUCCAGAGCUGAAGCUAACUAAAGUAGCCCCUGAUGGCUGGAAAGAAGAAUCCAAGAAAAGGAACAAAAACACAGUAAAUUUCAUCUUGUACUUCCGGAUUAAGUUCUUUGUGGAUGACAUUAGUCUGAUUCA